AUGAAGGUUUUGGUAUGUGGAGGGGCCGGGUACAUUGGGACCCAUUUCGUUCGUUCGCUUCUGCGCCGAACUUCUCACUCCGUUGUCAUUCUCGACAGCCUCGAAGCGACGCACGGAUGCUCCAAGCAUGUUGACACAAAAGAAAACUUACUGCGGAAACAAAAGUGCGGCUCUGAGCAUGUCAAUCCAGAACGCUACGCUGUACUGGAGGUGGGGGAUGUGCGCGAUGAGGCAUUUUUGAACGAUGUCUUUACGAGGCAUGCCCCCAUCGAUGCUGUCGUACAUAUGUGUGCGUAUAUUGUUGUCCCAGAAAGUGUGCGAGAUCCUUUGCGUUAUUACUACAACAAUGUUUAUGGGAUUAUCCGCUUAUUGGAGGCCAUGCGUGCGCAUAACUGCGACAAGAUCAUCUUCUCCAGCACGGCGGCGUUGUUCGGGAACCCUGCGGCGCAUGCAGCGGAGAGUGGCGGGCAGGUAAGCAUGGAGCCUAUCCGUCCCGAUGCCAAGUUUUCCCCCGAAUGCCCCUACGGCGAAACAAAACUCAUCGCGGAGUGGCUCCUACAGGACUGCGCCACUGCCUACGGCAUCAAAAGUGUUUGCCUCCGGUACUUCAACGCCUGUGGGGCGGAUGAGGAUGGAGACAUUGGUGAGGAUCAUGAACCAGAGACACAUCUCAUUCCGCUUGUUCUGCGCGUGCUGCUUGCGGCGGAGAUUAAUAGACGUCGCAAAGGACUGCAGCUGCCUCCUGUUCCGGAAUUUGUCUCGAUCUUCGGUACGGACUACCCCACUCCUGAUGGAACCUGUGUGCGUGACUACGUUCACGUGUAUGACUUGUCUUCAGCCCACAUUCUCGCACUGGAUUACUUGGCGAAGCUCAAACCAGAGGAUAAGUCCAGGUUUUUCUCCGCGUUCAAUCUCGGAACUUCACGUGGAUACUCUGUACGGGAGGUUAUUGAGGCAGCGCGUCGCGUUACGGGCCAUCCUAUACCCGUCAAGGAAGCUCCGCGCCGCGAGGGUGACCCACCGGUGCUGGUGGCAUCUGGUGAGGAGGCAAAGAAGGCGCUUGGAUGGGAGUUGAAGUAUGACAAUAUUGAAAAGAUCAUCGCGUCCGCGUGGAAGUUCCAUAAGGCUAAUCCCUUUGGAUAUUCCUCGAAGUUCUAG